GAGGCGGACAGCAGAGCGCAGCGACGCGCGGCAGAGCGCCCGUCUGUCCCCGAUCUGGACGCCAGCCUUGGGGGCGUCAGCGGCCGCCCCCCCAGUGUGCCCGCCCGGGUCCCGGCUGCGAGCACCGGCCGCGCGGAGGCGAUGUCUGCCGGGGCCCGCUGCCGUGCCGGGGAGAGCCGGGCGCUGCCGCUCGUGCCGCCGCUCUGGUACUUCUCGGCCGCCCUGGGGAUGCUGUGGCCCUGCGCCUCCCAGGCGUUCAACCUGGACGUGGAGAGACUCACGGUGUACAGCGGCCCCGCGGGCAGUUACUUCGGCUACUCAGUGGACUUCCACCGACCCGAUGCCCACACAGUGAGUGUUUUGGUGGGGGCGCCCAAAGCCAACACCAGCCAGCCAGAUAUCGUGGAAGGAGGAGCCGUCUAUUACUGCCCUUGGCCAGUGGAGGGGUCUGCUCAGUGCAAGCAGAUACCGUUUGACACCACCAACAACAGAAAGAUCAGAGUGAACGGAACCAAAGAGCCCAUCGAGUUUAAGUCGAAUCAGUGGUUCGGGGCAACGGUGAAGGCUCACAGGGGGAAAGUGGUGGCCUGUGCUCCCUUGUACCACUGGAGGACCCUCAAGCCAACGCUGGAGAAGGACCCGGUGGGCACCUGCUACGUGGCCAUCCAGAACUUCAGUGCCUUCGCCGAGUACUCUCCCUGUCGGAACAGCAACGCCGACCCUGAGGGCCAGGGUUACUGCCAGGCAGGCUUCAGUCUGGAGCUCUACAAGGAUGGAGACCUGAUCGUGGGGGGACCUGGGAGUUUUUACUGGCAAGGUCAGGUGAUCACGGCCAGUAUUGCAGACAUCAUUGCAAAUUACUCAUUCAAAAAUAUUCUAAGGAAAUUGGCACGAGAAAAACAGACCGACGUGGCUCCAGCCUCCUACGAUGAUAGCUACCUUGGAUACUCAGUGGCUGCUGGGGAAUUUACUGGAGACUUUCAACAAGAACUGGUUGCUGGAGUUCCAAGAGGAGCACAGAAUUUUGGAUGUGUUUCAAUCAUUAACUCUACAGAUAUGACCUUUAUUCAGAAUUUCACCGGUGAACAGAUGGCAUCUUAUUUUGGUUAUACUGUUGCAGUUUCAGAUGUUAACAAUGAUGGGAUGGACGACCUCCUGGUGGGCGCGCCCCUCUUCAUGGAGCGCGAGUCCGAGAGCAGCCCCCGGGAGGUCGGGCGGCUCUACCUGUACGUGCAGGUGCGCGCGCUGCUCUUCAGGGCGCCCCAGGUCCUGGCCGGCGCCGACGCGUUCGGGAGGUUCGGCACAGCCGUGGCGCCCCUGGGGGACCUGGACCAGGACGGAUACAACGACAUUGCGGUUGGCGUGCCCUUUUCAGGCAAGGAUCAAAGAGGCCAAGUGCUCAUUUACAACGGGAACAAGGAAGGGUUAAACACCAAGCCUUCCCAAAUUCUGCAGGGAGCUUGGGCCUCACAGGCCGUCCCUUCAGGCUUUGGCUUUACACUGAGAGGAGAUUCAGACAUCGACAAGAAUGAUUACCCAGAUUUACUUGUGGGUGCAUUUGGAACAGGAAAAGUCAUUGUUUACAGAGCAAGGCCAGUUGUGACCGUGGACGCCCAGCUCUUGCUGCAGCCGAUGAUUAUCAACCUGGAAAAUAAAACGUGCCGGAUUCCAGACUCCGUGACAGCAGUGUCCUGCUUUUCUCUGCAAGCGUGUGCAUCCGUGACAGGCCAGAGCAUUUCAGACACAAUAGCCCUGACCGCGGAGGUGCACUUGGAUUUGCUGAAGCAAAAAGGAGCUGUGAAGCGCUCGCUGUUCCUCGGAAACCAGCAGCCCCACCUCGUCUUCCCUCUCGUGGUCCAGGGGCAGAGGUCUCUGCAGUGCCAGGGCUUCACAGUUUAUCUUCGGGACGAAACUGAGUUCCGAGAUAAAUUAUCUCCAAUCAACAUUCGUCUGAAUUACAGUUUGGAUGAGUCUACCUUUAAAGAGGGCCUAGCAGUGAGACCCAUCCUGAACUACUACCAGGAGAGUGUGGUUGAUGAGCAGGCUCACAUCCUGGUGGACUGCGGAGAAGACAACAUGUGCAUUCCCGACUUGAAGCUGUCGGCGAGACCAGAUAAGCAUCAGGUAAUUAUAGGAGAUGAAAAUCACCUCAUGCUCUUAAUAAAUGCAAGAAAUGAAGGGGAAGGAGCCUACGAAGCUGAGCUCUUUAUCACAAUCCCGGAAGAGGCGGAUUAUGUUGGGAUUGAACGUGGCAACAAGGGUCUGCGGCCCCCGAGCUGUGAGCACCAGGCGGGGAACGGGACGAGGACGGUGCUGUGCGACCUCGGGAACCCCAUGGUGGCCAGAACCAACUAUUCUCUGGGCCUCCGAUUCGCAGUUCCACGUCUUGAAAACACAAACGUGAGCAUUAACUUCGAUCUCCAAAUCAGAAGUUCCAACAAGGACAACCCCAACAGCAAUUUUGUGAGCCUCCGAAUCAACAUCACGGCAGAAGCUCGAGUAGAAAUAAGAGGGGUGUCCCACCCCCCGCAGAUCGUCCUUCCCAUUCAUAACUGGGAGCCGGAAGAGGUGCCUCUCCGAGAAGAGGGAGUUGGUCCUUCAGUGGAACACAUCUAUGAGAUGCACAACGCUGGGCCCAGCGCCAUCGGUGACACCCGCCUGGAGGUGGGCUGGCCGCUGUCUUCCCGGGACGAGUUUCUCCUCUACGUUUUCCAUAUUCAAACCCUGGGACCUCUGCGGUGUCAAACGAGCCCUGAUAUCAACCCCCAGGAUAUAAAGCCUGCAGCCUCCCCUGAGGACACCCCUGAGCUCAGUGCUUUCCUGCGAAACACCACCAUUCCUCACCUGGUCCGGAGGAGGCACGCGCCUGAGCUGGAGCCCCCCAGACAGCGCCCGGCAAGAGUGCUGAACUGCACGAACGUUGAGUGCUUGCGCAUCUCCUGUGUGGUGGGACGACUGGAAGGGGGAGAAAGCGCUGUCCUGAAGGUCAGGUCCAGGCUGUGGGCUCGGACCUUCCUCCAGAGGAAAAACGACCCCUACGCCCUCACCUCGCUGGUUUCCUUUGAGGUUAAGAAGAUGCCGUACACGGAUCAGCCGGCGUGGCUCCCCAGCGGACACAUGGCCAUUAAGACAUCAGUUAUUUGGGCAACCCCAAACGUCUCCUUCUCGAUCCCGUUGUGGGUAAUUAUACUGGCAAUACUUCUUGGACUCCUGGUUCUGGCCAUUUUAACGUUAGCUUUGUGGAAGUGCGGAUUCUUCGACCGAGCCAGACUCCCCACGGACGACUUGGCUGACAGGGAGCAGCUGACAAGUGACAAAAGCCCUGAUGCAUGAGAGGGAAGCAAAGACCAGAAAAAUGGAGCCCUGGUCCUGCACAAGCGAAGGAUGGAGAAGGGCUAGAACAGUGAUCUGGAAAACGGAAGACUCCUGCAAUCACCCCCUCGUCUGUGCAGCAGCAGCUCUUGGGAGAAGGUUCCGGAGCUGUUACACCCUGCAGAGCCAGCCACCCCUGGAGGAAGCCCCUGAAACACGCAGGGGAACGGAAGUUGCUCUCCAGGUAAACCCAAAGAUGACGCAUCUGGAUUCCUCUAGAAUUUGGACAGUGGCCACAGGGGAGCUGACAGCUGGGCAGGAAGGGGCCUCCUCAUGGCAAAUGCCGCAGGAGACACGUGGUGGGCUGUGGGGGCUGCACACCACCUUUGGGACCCCAGAGAGUGAGGAUGGCAACUUACCUGUUCAGUUUCCAUCUCUCUCACUGAGAGCCUGGUCGCCUAGAGGAUUUGGAGGUUGAGAUUGGGGUAGCGAGCUUUUUGAAAUCACUGGCUUAAUUCCCUUCCAAGAUAACCAUUUUCUGCAGGUCACUUGCUUAACAGAAGCUUCCUCAGAACUUGGAUGGUAUUAGGGAAAAGCAAAUUGGUGUUAGGGGUCAGUUUCACCUAAUACUGUGCAUUCAUCUACCUGAAAUUACUUUUAGCCACACCUCCAGGGACUCAUAUCAGCUUUAUUUAGCUUUGUAAAAUGCUGCACUUCUAUUUCCUUUUAUUUAAAAAAUAAAUCUUUCCAUUGGCUUAGUUAAUUCAUGAAUUUCACGGUACUCUUCACCCUCAGUGGUGUUUAAAAGCAAUUGUUAAAAUGUUGGGAGUGCGUUAAUUUAGAAAGUAGUUAAAAAUAUAGGUAAACACAUUUUAGUAUCUAUAAGAAACAACACUAAUGUUUAGCUUGAGAUUAAACACUAUUUUCCCUACUAUACCUCAUACUUAGAUACUUGGAGAAAUAUGUUGAACAUAAACAGGAAGGAAAUAGAAAGUUAUACAGAUGUAAGAUGAACCUAGAAAAGUGACUUUGAAGGAUUUUAUUUAAAAUUACUUAUUCCAACUUUACUGCAUUUUUACUGCUGAUCUUUAUAGUACAUCACUUUGAAGAAUAAUUUGUUAUUUAAGCUAUUUUCUCAUCUUCUUGAUUAACUACCACAAAAAUACAAUUUUUAAAACUCUUGUAAAUAAUCUACAAUAUUGUAUAAUAUUAUCUUUUUGAGGUAUAAUUGACCAGCUGAAUUCAUAUAGCCUGUACAACUUUGUAUCCUUUUUAUAACAAAGAAAAAAUACUAUGAAGAAAUUCUGAGAAAAGAAAUGUGCAAUAUUUUAUAGACCCAUGUAUCUGUGGCAUGUUUACACUGGCAUUCAUUAUUUUUGAAAGUGAUAUCCUGAAUUUUGAGUCUGCUAGAACAAGGUGGCCGAUUGCAAGGACGAGCCCGGCUCACGGUCCGUCUCACCUGGGGCAGCCGCGUGUCCCUCCUGCCUGGCGCCCACUUGGGCCCUCCCUGUGACGAGUGGGCGGUGAGAACCGCGAGUGGCUCACAGAGGGCGGGGGUCCCACACUGCCCCGGGGCCCUCGGGCGACACCCUCAGGGAGAACGGGGCUCAGACGGUGGCCAGGCAGGGCUCUGCCCCUGAGGAGCCCCGACUCCCGCCCGGUGCCUGAUCUGAGUCACGAGAGGCCCCUGGGGAAAUGCGCCCCUUCCGAAGGCACUGGGAGCCCUCGGGGCUGGCGUGGGGGUGCUGGGCCUUGCAGACCGAGCCUGGGACCCAGACGCGGGCAGGGGCAGGCUUCACGGGCAGACUCGGCUUCCUUCCCGAGCACCGCACCCCGAGGCAUUGCCCGGGGGCCUCGGAGAGAGCUGCCCACUCCACGUGGGAACCCAGCAAGCCCUGAGCUGCUCGCUAGGCUGCCUUGGCUCCAGGAGUUUGUCCGAGAACCUGUCUGUGUUUCCCUUCAAAAAGAGCCUCUUUUAAACUCUUGCAGCUGGUUUUUAAGACAUGGAAAAUGGGCAAAUUACGUUUUAUAAACCUGGAGAUUUUUAUACAGUAAAUAAUGUGUACUGGUCACCACUGAAACCCCUCUUAGAAUUCAACUCCUUUUCUUAUUUCUGUAAAUACAUGUGUAGAUAUCCAUGGAGAUUUUCAUGAACCUAUGUACCUUGUCACUGAGAAAAUUGAAACAUAAAGAAGAUGAUGCUCAUGGCCUUUCUCACGUGUGUAUGGAGGGGCCCCACAGGGCCAGAUAGCAAAGGUUUCUUGAGUCUUCACUAUAAAAACACUUAACAUUGGAAGGGAUUUGGAAGAGCAAAAAUAAGACGCUCUUGGGACAAUGAAAAUAUUCUCAGCAUACCUUGAGGUGAUGGUUGCCCAGCUCUCUGAAGGUUCUAAAAGCCAUCGAAUUGAAUUGUACACUUUAAAUGGGUGAAUGUCACGGUAUGUGAAUUACAUGAGUAAAGAAAAGAUGUUAAAGGAUGUCCGCCACUCCUAAUCCCUGCACCCUUGCACAACUGAAUUCUUUUCUCCACUUUGCUUCCAUUUUUGUCCCACCUCAAUCUCAGCUCCUUUACAAGCCUCCCCUUCCGUCUUCGGCAGGCUCAGCCUCUCCUGCCUCCAGAAGCUUUUCUGGAUUGCCUCACGUUGGCUGUCUUCCAGUUGCGCUCGCUCCAGAAGAGCAGGAAACUGUCCUUGCUGCUCCGUGUCUCCUACCCCCAGCACAGCACCUGGUACACGGUGUGGUACACAGUCGGUGCUCAAGAACAUUUCUUGAAUGAGUAUCAUAUGUGCUCCAGAAUAGUCGUGAUGAACACCUGCUUUUAGAACCGGCUUUCUGACCAAGCACCAGAGUACACACACUUGUACAGCCUCCUACUAGAGCAUCUGUCAUGAUUACCCAGCGUUCCAUUCAAUCUGUGGACCGUUUGCUUACCUGCCCCCUUAUAGGAGGCUGUUGACAGCUUUCUACACUGACAGGAGUGACUUUGCAUAGGUCUUCUUUUUGGUCACUUCAGUGAAUUAACUUUGCAAGAGUGUGUGAUUGUUUGGUCAAAGUCUAUGAACAUUUUUGUAUUCCUUUCACAUGUUGCUGCUUAAGAAGGCUAAUUCAAUUUGCAUCCACCUAAAUGUACCAAUUCUGUCAGUAUUUUCAAAUAUUUUGGUAAGUGGCUGUUUUCAAAUGUUACUUUAACUUGUAUUGCACUAGAAUUCAUUAAAUUGAAUGAACACCUUUAA